CAGCGGUUUCGUGCCACUACCAUGUCCCUGCAGGCUGAUUUUGACAGGGCGGCCGAAGAUGUGAAGAAACUGAAAACAAGGCCGGAUGAUGAAGAACUGAAAGAACUCUAUGGGCUCUACAAACAAUCUGUGAUUGGAGACAUCAAUAUUGAGUGUCCAGGAAUGUUAGAUUUAAAAGGCAAGGCUAAGUGGGAAGCAUGGAACCUCCAAAAAGGAUUAUCAAAGGAAGAUGCCAUGAAUGCCUAUAUUUCUAAAGCAAAAGAGCUGAUAGAAAAAUAUGGAAUUUAGAAUUCAGCAUGUGAGAAAACUUUUCUUUUGAAGCCUUCAUAAUGGUCUCCUGACCUAACACUUAGGGGAGAAAUACACAGUUAACUCUUUACGUAUCAUGAAUAUUUUUGCUAGUAACAUGAAUUAGAAACCUUAGUUAGAGGUAUGAUGAAAGUACUACAUAUUUAAGGAAAUUUUACUUGCUAAAACCAGGUGGGUUUUUUUUUAUAUUUAAAAAAUUAUCUUUCGCUUUCUGAUUCAUCACAUGUAUCAAAGACUAGUCAACAUAAAGAGAUGAUUUUAAAUAUUCUUUUUUCUUUUUAAUCCUCACCUGAGGAUAU